AUGAAAAUAUUAUUUAUUUUAGUAUUGUUUUUUAUUUUUGGGUUCAAACAACAAUUAACAUAUUGUCAAGUUGUUUGUAAUGGUUGGAUUGAUUCAGAUUUACAAGUAAUUACAACACCUUGUGGAGAAAAUAUAGGAAAUCCAUGUCAGACAAUUGAUCAAGCUGUUGAAACUUGUGGAAAUUAUGAUACAAUAAAUUUAUAUUUCGCUCAAACAACAAAACCAUUUAUAAUAAGUGAGAAUGGUUCAUUCAACUCUAUCAAUAAUAAAACCAUUACUCUUAAUAAUAUUAAUAAUAAUAAUCAACCAAUUUUAAUUGAUUUAUCAACUACAACAAAACCAUUUAUAAAUAUUACUCCAAAUGAAAACAAUAAUUCAAAUUUAACAAAUACAAUAAGCAUUAAUGGAUUUACUUUUUCAAAUCAAAAUAUUCAAUCAUCAUCAUCAUCAAUAAUUAAAAUGGUAAAUAGUAAUUUGAAUAUGAAUAUUAACAAUUGUAACUUUUUAAACAAUACUCUUGGUCAAAAUGGAUUAUUUUAUUUUUCAAGUGAUCCAAAUGUUAAAAAUAGUAAUGUUGGUUUAAUUUCAAUUGUGAAUUCAAAUUUUAUUAAUAAUGUUGGUAAUGAUUAUAGUAUAAUAUAUUCAGAUUAUGAUUCACAUAUUAUCAUUGAUAACUGUUUAUUUAAAAAUAUUUCAAGUAAUAAAGAAGGUGCUGUAUUAGACUUGGAAAAAGGUUUUACAACAAUUACAAAUUCAUUAUUUCAAAGCAUUUUAUUAAACAAUAAAAGUGGUGCUAAUGUAAUAUUUUUGGGUACGCCUCAACCAUCCAAUGAUAAUUAUUUAAUUACAAUUGAUAAUAUAACAAUUUCAGAUAGUUUCACUGGAUAUGGAAUUGUAAUAACAUCUCUAUAUUAUACAAUCAAUAUAAACAAUUCCAAAUUUAUAGAUAAUUAUAAUUUUUUAUCAAUUGGUGUUUUUAAUUCAAUCAUUUCAGAUAUUAAUAUAAAUAAUUGUAUUUUCCAAGAUAAUAGUAAUUUAAAUUCAAAUAGUUUAGCUAAAGGUGGUGCAAUUUCAUUAAUAAAUUCACCAGCAAAUAUAAGUAAUUCAAUUUUUAAUUUAAAUUCAGGAAAUUUAGGUGGAGCAAUUUACAUUGGUAAUGGAAAACUAUUAUCUAAUCCUAUUGUAAUUAUUGGUUGUACAUUUAUAGAUUGUAAAGGAACAGUCGAUGAUGGUGAUUCAAUUUUUAUUAAUGGUUCUACUUUGGUUGAAAUUACAAAUUCAACAUUUACUCAAAGUACUCAACAAAAAUCAAAUCAACCAAAAAAUUCACAAGUUUAUUGUCAAUCAACAAGUCUUUUAUUAUCAUCAUUAAAAUUUAUUAAUCAAUCAAAUUCUGAUGAAUUAUUAACUUGUUUUAAUAAUUCAAAUUGUAAAAUCAUUGAAAAAAGUGAUAAACAAUAUUAUAAUUCUUGUAACCCUCCAAAUGGUAAAAAUGAUAGUGAUGAUAGUAGUAAUAAUAAUAAUGAACAUAAUCAUCGUAGAUUAUCACCAUUGCAAAUAUUUGGUAUAGUUGUAGGCUCAAUUAUAGUAGUAAUAAUUAUAUUUUUAAUUGUUGUUUUAAUUUAUAUUAAAGUUAAAAGAAAUAGACAUUAUAUUCCAAUAAAAUAA